AUGAACAGUUUCAAAGGCUGUGAUUGUCUCACUGACUCCUACUUUGACCCACCUGUAGUUGGAGAAAUCGACCAUCUCUAUUGGGAUCAGAGAAGUCCAUAUCCGCCUGAUGUUUACACUAAUCUCGUUUUAAUCAUGAAACACAAGUACUAUGACGAAAUUAAGGAGAAAAAGCAGCUGAAAGUCUAG